UCCUUUCAAGAAACACAGUUAUGACACCAUGAAGAUCAUCCACCAGGCACACGGAGCGAAGACGAACGAGUUGGUGAUGAGUCUAGACGACGAUGAGAAGCUCAUUCUGCAGAAUGGUCAGACCCUCAGAGCUGCUGGUGUUAACCAGAAGACUUCAAACUGUGAGGCGCCUCCAGAGAGGAUGAGGAGGAUGAGGAGGGACGGGUGGAGGCAAAGAUACUGCAGGUGCAUGUUGGCGUGGCAACAGGAAGGUAGUCCUGCUGUUUGACCUGCCCAUCAAAACAGGAAGCAGAUGGAGCAGCAGGGGACACAACACACAGCUCAUGCGAAUGAGACGGAGGUGGCGUUCUUCAAGAAAGAAGACUACGGUCUCUACAAAGCGAAUCCUAAAACUGCCUGGUGACCUCAGUGUUUUACUUUACAGCAGAGGAGCUUCUUAAAGGACAGGUCAAAGGUCAAGCAUGGCACAAGAGCGCGUGCCACCAUGUUUAUACAGAGGAUUGUUUUUAAGCUUAUUAUUACUCACCGCUCUGCCUUUUUUAUUUCCAUUCUUUAUUUACUCUGCUGCUGGUUGUGACCGCGGAUGUUCAUUUACAAAGUUGUUUUAAAAACAUGCUGAAUAAAUAAACUUUGAAAUCUGUCUGUGAUCGUGUUUUUAAAGGUUUUUACAAAGUUAUAUUUACUGCGCUGAACUGUGAGUGUGACGAGAAAAACGUUGAAAUGCAAAAAACAAAAAAAAAAACAAAAGUUAUAUCUUCAUAUUUUAUUAUAUCCUCUAAAACUUUACAUUUGUAUCAUCGGUUCAGUCACUUUUAAGGAACAUAAUAUUGAUCAGAAUGUAAAAACUGUCCAAACCAUCAACACUGAGGCAUCUUCAGAGAUUUGGAUUCCGUCUGUGUUGUUCUGUUCUUCCUCAUGGUCGACUGCGACGGAUCUGAUGAGCUUGAAUUAUAGUCGAGCUGUUCUGGGUGAAUUCGGCUUGAUUAGAUAAAAGAGGACUGUUAGUCUUGGCGGAGGUAUACAAUCUACUGAGUGACAUUCUAGUUUUAUAAAGUCUUUUUAUAAAAGGUGCAAUAUGUCAGAAUUGUGUCAACUUCACACUCCAAACAAACAGGGGGCACUGUAUCACUACAUGAACCGCUAAUUUAGAAAGUUGCUGUGUGUUUGUGUUGAUGAUUGCUGUUAACUUCUGGAUGUUUUCAUCAGAUUCUCACACGUUGUUCCUUUAAUAGCUAAAACACACAGUUAGUAAACAGAACCUGCAGAAGAAGAACUCGUCACUGGUUAAACGAGUUCUUCUUCUGUGAUUUGUGUCUUCAUCGUGUUUGAUGUUGGUUGUCGUGCAGAUAUAAUUACACUGUGUGUCACAGACAGCGAGUGUUUGUUUAUGGAAGGCAGAUGUCUCUCUGUCAUUCAGCAGCGUGAUAAUCCAACUGGACCCACAUCUAUUUUUACCACCUCCCUCCCUCCCUCAGCUGUGUUUCCUCUCAGAGUGUUUCUGGUCUCAGUGGCAGCAGCGUGAUCUCCAGAGACGACUCUCAGGAGAUUUGACCGUCAGGAAAAGGAAACAACCAGCACAGGUCAGUUCAACCUGGAGACACGACUCUUCCCAGCACAACACUCGGGUGCAGUUCUCAUUUCAGGAGCUGAUUUGGGAACUUUUGCAUGUGAAGCUGCCGACAAUGCAAACCAAGGAAAGGGGGAAUUAAAAAAAGAAGAAUAUCCUUAAAAACUGGAGGCAGAGAACUGUGUGACAGUUGUUGAUGAGACGAACUUGACGUGAAGGAAGGAGAGGAGAAAGUUUCUCACAGUUUCCUGGAUUCAGUGUUUCCUCAUGACGAUCGGAGAGACUGAAGAGUCUGUGACAUGUGGAGGACGAAGGAAGGCAGGAGGAGGAGGAGGAGGAGGGAACAUGAAGCCGUCCUUCACCACUCUCAGCACUAUCGCCAUCCAGGCCGGCCAAUCUCAGAUUGUCGUCUCUGUUCUGAAGAGUGGGUCUCUGGUCCACCUCCAGCUGGUCCAGGUCCAUCCAGGCCUCUGUGAGAUUGGAUCGAACCAGGAAGAAAACCAGACGCUGAUCCAGGAACAACAGCAGCUGAUGGACAAACUCAAGAAACACGAGAGGGAGGUGCUGGCUGUGGUGGAGAAGAGCCGACAGACCAAGCAGAGGAGGAGGAGGGAUGAAGGGAUGGUGGAGCAGCAGAGGAGCAAGAAACAGGAGGAGGAGGGAGUGUACAAGGCCAUGGGGGCAUCUCUGAACGAGGGAUGGUUGUUGCUCCUCCGCCUGCUGGAGAGACGACAGGAAGUCCUGACGCUGGCUUCAGACUUUUACUGCCGAACACUGGAGUUUUCUGUCGGUAUUGAUAAAGUUGAGGAUCUGAAACUCAAAGCAGACGACGACAGACUGACUGAAGUGCAGCUCACGUACGACUCCAUGAGGAGAGAUCUUCUGGAGAAGUCUCUGCAGGUUUUAACCAGCAGCAGCGUUCUUCUACAGAAACUCAGACAGCUGCAGAGGACUGAGGCCCUCCAGAGGAGAGGAGGAGUACUGCAGGACGAGGAGGCAGAAGAGGAGGAGAGUUCCCGGUGCAGCAGGGGGAUAGCGUUGAGGCUGGAGGAGCUGGUGGAGACGCUGCAGGACCGGAGGAGGAGAGCGGACCAGGCUGUCCGGCUGCAGCUCCAGCAGGCAGAGAACAGGAAGAAAGAGCAGGAGUCCAGACAGGCCGGUUCUGAAGACUGGACUCUCACAGAUGAGGAGAACCCGGACCAAACCCUGCCGUCUGGAUCCACAUUAACAGAGAGCACAGAUCUGAAGUCAGAUUACAAAUCCAAAGAUACCAGAAACCUGCUGUCUGGAUUCAAAUUCAACCUGAGGGCUGGAUCAGGAUCAGACCUCAAAUUAGGUUUAAAUCCUGAAGUGACCAGAGAUCUUCAGCCUGGAUCCAGAUCAGGAGUGCAGCCACCAUCCAGUUUAGAUGUGAAGACUGAAUCUGAAUCCACAUCAGGAGAGACCAAAGACUUUGAGUCAGGAUCCACAUUAGAUCUAAAGCAUUCUGGAUUUGAAUUCAACGUGAAGGCAGGAUCCAGAUCAGACCUCAAAAUAGUCUCUCCGUCAGACGAGACCAGAGAUCAUGUUCUUGGAUUCAGAUUAGAACAAACACCUGGAUCAAGAACAGAGCUAACCCCUGACAUGGUCUCUGAAUCCAGAACAGAGGAGACUGAAAACUCUUCAGGAUCUGUGUUAGAGUCAGAGCCUAAAUCAAUAUCAGAUCUGAAAAUUGCAGUUGAGGAGAGUAAAGAUCUGCCGCCUGAAUCUAGACCAGACCUGCACCCUGGAUUCAGGUUACAGUUUAAACCUGUAUAUAGACUAGAGGAGAUCCAAAACCUGCAGUCUGGAUUCAAGUUCAAUCUGAAGACCAGGUCCAGAUCAGAUAUCAAGUUAGAUACUAAACCUGAGAAGAUCAUAAAUGUUCCCCCAGGAUCCACAUCAGAACAGAAGUCUGGCUCGGGAUCAGAUGUGCAGCCAGGAUCUGGAUUAGCUGUGAAGUCACAAACUGGAUCAGAGCUCACCGGUGAUGUUACCCCUGAAUCCACAUCAGAGGAGACCAAAAACUUUGAGUCAGGAUCCAGAUUAGAUGAGACAAAAGAUUUGCAGACUGAAUCUAGACCAGAUCUGCAGUCUGGCUUCAAAUUGAAUCUAAAGACUGGAUCCAGAUCAGACCUCGAGUUAGAUUCUAAACCUGAGAAGACCAUAAAUGUUCCCCUAGGAUCCACAUCAUACCUAAAGCCUGAAUCUGGACCAGAGUCAGACAGAGAUGUUGGUCCUGAAUCAGAGGCUGAAGACAAACAUGAAGAAACCAAACAGCACAGAGCUGCUGCUGCCAACACCACCAGCAGGCAGGUGGCAGGGCAGGAGUGCAUGCUGGGAAAUGAGACUCAAAGUGGAGAGGACCAGGCCCGCCAAGCCCUCCUGACUAACCAGAGGCAACAGCUGCUGUCAUCGUGUGAACACCUCAUGGACAAGGUCUGGAGCUGGGUGCAGCAGGGCAGCAGUGUGUUGUCGAACUGCUCUGAAGCAGGACGGCAGCUCUCUGAGGCGGAAGACGUCCUGAAGAUACACCUGCAGCUGCAAACACAGGCUGAGUCUGUAGGUUGUGAUGCAGAGAACAUGAAGCAGAUCCUGGAUCAGAUCAGAGGUCUACACACUGAUUGGACCAUCAGGACCAGUGAACCCAGCAGACAGCUUCCCCCCCUGAAGGCUCUGACAGAGCAGCUGAAGAGAGGCAGCAUGGGCAGACCGACCAGAACCGCUGCUGCUCAACCCAGUCCGCCUGCAGCUGAGCGAACUGGUUCACUGAGUCCUGAACUUGCUGGUCAAGUUGAUCUUGUCUUGAAGGAGCUGCAGAGUCUGAACAGCAAGAUCGACUCAAACCUGCAGCUGCUGCAACCCUACGUCACUUUCCUCAGGAGAGCAGAGCAGGUGGAGGAGGAGAUGGAAGGACUGAGGAAGAUCUACAUGAGGAGACCAGAGGAAGAUGAAGAGGAGGAGAAGCGUGAAGGGAAGGAAGCUGACAGUAGUAGCUCACCAGAGAAGAAGAAACAGCUUGAUGCCUGUUGGCAGGAAACACUGCAGGGCUUCCUCACUGUUCAACAACUGGGAAACAACUACAUCAAUACUGUUCCCAUGGUGUCGGGAGCAGCGUUACACCUGCAGUCUGUGGUGUCUGUGGUGCAGCAGAUGGUGGAGCGACUCAGCAGAACUAAACAGGAAGUGAAUGAGCUGCAGAGUCAACGGCAAGUCCAGAUCCAGCAGCAGGAGUACUGCAGGAAAUACCAGGAGAGGCUGCUGAAGACCCUGAAGGACUUGAACUGUGUCUCUCAGCUGAUGGACUCCUGCACUGAGAUGGAUCUGGGUUCAGACCUGCAGACCUCCAAGCUGCUGGAGCAUUUCAACCAAGCCGGACCACAUUUUAUUCAACUAGACGCUGAGGUUGAGUACAUGCAGAAGAGCUGGGAGACUCUUAGAGGAUUCCAGGGCAAGCUGGAGUUUAAGGAAAAAGCAGUGAAGGAGGAGGAUCUGUCAGAGCUCCUGAAGCUCCAGAAGAGCGUGAAGAACAAGAUCCAUCAGAGCAAGUCGAUCCUGGACCAGACCAGCAGCUUCCACCGCACAUCCCAACAGCUGGAGAUGCUGCUUCAAUCGGACCUCACAAGCCCUCUAACUGGUUUAUGUGGAUCCACUGACGCAGAGCUGAGUGGAAAAAGAGAGCAACAACAGCAGAUCCAGAGUCUGUUUGAAACAGCUUCUACACUGAAGACAGACAUCUGCACCGCCAUCAACCACAGUGGUUGGACGUGUUUCAGAGUGGAGCAGCUGGAGGCUCGUCUUCUCUCUCUGGACUCUCUCUGUGUCUCGUGGCUGAAUAAAGCAGCUCGACAUGAAGAGAAACUCCGCAGAGAGCUGCUCGCCUGUCGACUCAAUGAUGAUAUCAACCAGCUUCGUGACUCCUUCAAGGAGCUGAAGAAGCGCUUCAGUAACCUGAAGUUUAACUACCUGAAGAGAAACGACAGAACCAGGAACAUGAAGGCUGUCAGGAACCAGCUGCAGCAGGUGGAGCUCUAUGAGGAGAAGCUGCAGGCACUCAGGAAACGUCUGCAGGAUGUGACAGCCCGACUGGGGUCAGAGGUCAAAGACGGGGGUGUGGCCCGGGAGGCAGAGGACGCCAUCAACGAGCUGCAGAGACAGAUGGGAGAUUUUGAGCGAAGUGUCAGCGAGCACCAAAAAACGCUUGAUAUGACCCGCAGACUGCAGCAAGCUAUGGAGGAGUAUCAGUUCUGGUGUGAGGAGGCGAGUGCGACGAUCGCUCGAGUCGGGAAGUUUUCCUCAGAGUGUCGCAGCACAGAAGCCAUCUCUGUUCUGUAUCGGCAGUUUGAGAAGUUCGUCUGGCCGACGGUUCCUCAGCAGGAGGAGAGGAUCAGUCAGAUCGCUGAGCUCGCUGUCAGACUGCACGGGGUGGAGGAGGGGCAGCGGUACAUUGAGAAGACGGUCAGUAAACACUCAGAGAUGGUGGCGUCCAUCAGAGAGCUGAGUGACGGACUGAUGGAGCUGGAGGCCAAACUGAAGCGGGAGAGUCUCAAAAAGCAGCAGAAUGAAGGAGAGAAAAAGAAAGAGGGAGAGACGGAGCGAAGGGAAGAGGAUGUGACAGAAGAGAAAGAUGAAGACAAGGAGAAGAAGGAAAACAGAAAGAUGAGGAAGAAGGAGCUAACAGAUAACCGCAGCACGCAGGAGGCGGCUGACAUGUACGAGCUGAAGGAGACAGGCCACACCCCCGAACUGACCACCGAGCAUGAUGGGAAGGAAGUUCCUGUGAAGAGGCAGACUGCAGCCAAUAGGAAGCCUCCAUUACAGAAGAGUCGCAGUCUGGAGUCAGACAGACAGAUGGACAGACGGACUGUCAUCUCAGAGAGCAGACAGCAGACGUACAGUGAAAGGUUCACCUCAACUCACACCUUCAGCAUCUCCUGCUCACCGGUGGAAUCCAAUCGACAGGUCCGUGCCAUACACAGCCAAUUACAGUCAGUCUUGACUGAUCCUCAGGCCACACCCCCUCCCACUGUGAUUGGCCCAUUGUUCUCUGACAUUCAGAGGGAGUUUCAGAGGAAGGAGAUGCAAGGAACAAGACAGGAAGGGGUCUUGGCUGCUUGUGAAACAACACUGCUUCAGGAUGCAUCCACAGGAGGCCUGUCAGAUGUGGAGCUACAGCAACAUGAAGUAUUGACUGAGGAUUAUUUCUCCAAUGAUGAAUACGACUGUGCAUCACCUGACGACAUUUCCCUGCCACCGCUGGCAGAGACACCAGAGUCCAACAUGGUUCCAUCAGAUAUUGAGGAGGGCUUCUGUUUUAGUUCCCACAGCGUCCAUAUCAGCCAGUACAGCCACCAAUGCCGUGCCCAGUCAGAGCACAGUGGAACUGGUCCUGGUGCAGCCCGACAACAGAGAGAGUCCAGCCAAACAGAGAAUUGUCCAACUCCUCCAGCCAGCAUUCACAGCAGUAGCAGGUUCAGAUCAGAGUCCAGCUCGUUUGCCCAGAGUCCAAUGACAGUUCCUGCUCCAGGCCUGCUCACCAGCACUCUGUGCACCAUCCUAAGGACUGAUGAGACCAGUAGAGCCGAUGCCCCUAAGAGUGCUGAGCUCUCACUGGACAGCCCUGAAUUGAGCCACUCCUCUGGAUCUCACCGAGUUCCCCAGAACAACACUCCAGAAAGUUGUUCCAAGGACAAUAAUGUCCCUGAAAAGAAGAGCCUCUCACAAACUGAACCCUUAGUAAAGGAGCACAACAGUCAGUAUAAUCAGCCACAGAGGAGGACAGGUACCCAGGCCCAGAUCACCCAAAAUGUUGUAUCCACAGGUGAGACCUUACCACAGGCAGAUCCAAGUCCCCAGACUGCAGAGCGCAUUCAAAGCCACACCCUCCCCCAGUGCAGCAAUUGUCCUCAGCCCUUCGGUGAUCCAGAGACAGAUCUCCACAGGGACAAGACCGACACACAAGACACAAGGUUCCUCAAAUGCAGCACCACUUUAUCUCAGCCAUUGCCUGACUCUGAGAGUUGCCUCCAUCAGGACCUAAAAUCCUCCCAAAGUAGGGAGGGAACACUCCAAGUCUCCAAACCUCAGAAGAACAGUCUUGUCAACAGUGACACAAGUACAUUAACUCAGCAGACCAUUUACUUUCAGUCCUCCCAUUCAGAUGGUAAUCACAUCUUGACAGAGGCUAGUUGCAACCUCAGUACACCCCAAGAAAGCUCUUCGUCACAAAGUGAGACCCUGCCACAGAUCAGCACAUUCUCCCAGGCCACAUACUCUGUUCCAUCCUGUGCCAGUUUUCCAAAGGCUUGCCCUAAUUCCAGGAGUGGCCUUAAUCAGGAAAUACCCCCCUCAAAAACCAGCCAAGAAACUGCCUCAAUCUCUGUACUCCAAAACAGCAGCCUAACCAAAGUCUCUACUGUCACCCUAGAAGCUCUUUAUCGCCAGUCCUCCUCUCCAAAAAGUCACACCUCGCCAAAGGCUAGAAGCAAUCUUAGGUCAACCCAAGAAAGCUCCUUAUCCCAGAAUGAGAGCCUGCCACAGAUGGAUCCAGUCUCAUCCCAGGCCCAAGGGUUUGCUCAGAGCCCCAACCUCACAGACUUUGUUCUCCUCAAAGACAGGAUUCAAGACACCGGGUCCCUUAAAUCUUGUGCAACAUGCCCGCAAAACAUCCCUCAAGACAGCAAACUUCCAAAGGCUUUCCCAGAUUCCAGGAGUGGCCUUGAUAAAGAUGUAACUUCCUCAGAAGCCAGCAGAGAAUUUCCAUCAGUCUCGAUGCCCCAAAGCAACAGCCAAACCACAUCCACUGUUGUUAGCCAACAAACCAUUAACUGUCAGUCCUCCCCUCCAAACAGCCAUUGCAAUUGGCCACAGGCUGGCAGAAAUCUCAUGCCACAGCAAGGAAGCCCAUUAUCCCAGGGUAGUGAAGGUCAACCACAGGCCCAUUCUUCCACACCCAGCUUCAGCAACAUUAGCAUAUCGAACAGUCCAAUUACCUUCAGUAAUAGAUUCGGCAGCAAGCAGAGCCACCAGACAGUCUACUCCCUCCAUGAGUCCUUGACCUCCAACAGUACCCAGCAGUGUGUGCAUGACCCUGGCAUGAUCCCUAGCAGCCCUGCCAAGCCCACUGCUCCUUCUCAGACAGAAUUUCAGACCCAAGCUUUGGCUCAGCAGGCUAAUCCGCAUGUCACUCCCUUGUCCUCUCCACCUCAUCUACUAACUCCAGACCAAGACCCAAACAUUUGUCAGCCAAUGGCCAUCCGAGAGGAGAUCAGGCUUACUCCUCAGAUCCAAGGGCCCUCCCUUCCUGCACCUCCUACUCCUUCCCAGGCCCAGAGAGAGUCUCUUCCCCAGGGAAAAGCCUCUAAACCGGGCCCUCCCUGCAUCACCAGGCCCCUGUCUAGAGCCACCGUCAUGGAGGGCUCUCCAGUGACGCUAGAGGUGGAGGUUGCGGGACACCCAGAGCCCACGCUCACCUGGUUUAAAGAUGGAGAGGUAUCAGCCACCGGCCCGAGCCGAGAGCUGGCCUGCGUGAACAGGAAACACUUCCUGUUUGUUCCAGAGGCAUCAGACGGGGACGGUGAGUUGUACCAGGCCCGGGCCAAGAACCAUCACGAUGCAGUUGUUUCCAGUGGUGAUAAGUGGCUGGUGGCCGAAGUGUUUGACAUCAUCAGUGAGGACUGGCAGACUUGGUUUGGUACACUGUGUGUCCUGCUGUGGCUACUCUACCUGAUAGUACUCUGAUUACACCUUUUCCACUACAGCAACAAGAUCAUUUGUAACCUGGAGCUUUGUAUUACCAGAACUAAGGAGAACCUGUGGGAGUUUGGUUCCCGGUUUUGUCUUGUGUUUCACUGUGUGUUAGAACCAGCACAUGUUGGGAGUGUAUGUAAGAGGCAACACUGAGACAAAUGUGUGAUCUGUAUGCACUGUCUGGUAGGCAAAAGCACUUGUGGGGAAGAAGACAGUGGACAGAGUGUGGCCUGUAUAGAUUUUCUUUCACACAUACCUGUCAUACAUUGAAACAUCAUUAUCAGUAAAUAAAGUCUGACAGAAUUGACCAGAGAGUGAAGUGACUCCAAACCAGGUCCCAACAGCUGACCAGCUCUCCAGAUCCAGCUGAGUCCAGGUCGGCUGCCGGUCCUCCUCUCUUGAUCCUCAGUCAGAAAACAGAGAGGUGACAGAAGAAACUGAGGUGAGACCAGAAUUUUGAGAGAAAAUUAAGUAUCACAAUGUAGGCAUACUGUAAAUUUAGGUAGUGUAAAGACUAAAAAAUAACUGCAACCUGUUGUUUCAUGCAAACUUCUGUUCAUCUGCACACUGGGUGGAGAGCAGUGGAAACAGAAGCAGAACUAAUGCCAAUGACUUCAACUAUAGUUAUGGGUCAUUAAUUACCUGUAGUGGAAAUGGCCUAUAACACACACACACACACACACGGUUCAAUUCAGAGGAAACACAGGUUUUGUAGGAUUGUUAUAUUCACAAUUGUUUGAAACAUAAUUGAAAAUAUAAAUGAAAUAAGAGGAGAAUUUAGUCUGUUACAUUAAUUAAGAUGAAUUGACAAAAAAUUGGAAGGGAGUUUAGAAUGAGUUGGAAGUUUAGUUUAAUCUCUGUGCUUCCUGAUAUACUUCAUGAUCUUCUGAUGACUGUUAAAUUCACUUUAAUCUAAAGGAAUUUUGCACCAACCUGUAGUAAAAGCAGCUGAAAUAAUGUGGGUAGCAUUUAAAGAUAAAGCUGAUGAAAAAUGAAAAAAACAUUUCCCACCACAAAUGGAGGCCCAUUUCUACCUGGAUGGAAAUAAAAUUACCAUAACAAUCAUAGUAGGAGUUAAAGAUCCUGUCUAAAUAAAUCCUGAGAUCAUUAUGUAAUGUAUAAGGCAGGAAAUCAAAAUGAUGAAAUAGUUUAGUGGCAUACAGUAAUUUUUUUAGUUGAAAUUGAAAAAAAUAAUUUAAUGUCCCAUAAUUGUGACUUCUAAGUAAAUACUUCUUUAAAUUGUUUCUUGGCAGGUAUGAGCUUCCAUAUUGCCUUAGUUUCCUCUUAAUGGAUCAAUGAUUUUAUUCUGAAAAUCCUCAUUGUCUGGCACCAGAAGAAGGUAAAUGAUUUUGUCAGAGUUGAACUUCUGUAAAAACUGAAGUUAGAGUCUACAGAGUUCUGGUGAUAAGUCUCAUAUAUAAAUCUGUAUUUAUAUCUUCCUUUCUUCAGUAAAAUAUCACUUACAGUCAUAUUGGAUGUGUUUGUGCUGUGUAUAAUUCAUCAUCACAUGUAAAACACCAAUAAACUUAUUUUUAGCCCACAAAUUG